GCGGCCCCGCCCGCCCUGCGGUCCCGGGGCGUCCUGAGGGGAGCGGGGCCCGGAGCUCGGCGGCGUUCGCUGCAGACAUGGUGUCGCUGCUGCCGCGCAUCGAGCGGCUCUCGUCGCGGGUGGUGCGGGUGCUGGGCUGCAACCCGGGGCCCAUGACCCUGCAGGGCACCAACACCUACCUGGUGGGCACCGGGCGCAGAAGAGUCCUUAUUGACACCGGGGAGCCAGCUAUUCCUGAGUAUAUCAGCUGUUUAAAGCAGGCACUGUCAGAGUUCAACAUCGCGAUUCAAGAAAUUUUAGUGACACACUGGCAUCGUGAUCAUACUGGUGGAAUACCUGAUAUCUGCAAAAACAUCCCAAAUGAAUCGGAAUAUCGCAUAUGUAAGCUCCCUCGUGUACCUCACUGUGAAGAAACAAUAGAAGGAGGACAUAAAUAUUUUUAUCUUAAAGAUGGAGAUGUGGUACAGACAGAGGGAGCCACACUCAGAGUUUUAUAUACACCAGGACACACUGAUGAUCACAUGGUUUUGCAUCUAGAAGAAGAAAAUGCUGUAUUUUCUGGUGACUGUAUUUUAGGGGAAGGAACAACAGUAAUAGAAGACCUGUCUGAUUACAUGAAAACUUUGAAAAAGCUGUUAGAAAUGAAACCAGAUUUGAUUUAUCCAGGUCAUGGCCCAGUAGUACGUGAUGCAAAUACUAGAAUUCAAAACUACAUUUCUCACCGACUUGCACGUGAACAGCAAAUUCUGAAUGUUUUCCAGAAGAAUACUGGGAAAUCAUUUACAUCCUCGGAACUUGUAAAGAUGGUGUACAAGGAAAUCCCUGAAAAUUUACUUACAGCGGCAGAGCAUAACCUCCUAGUCCACUUGAAGAAGCUGGAAAAAGACGGAAAAGUGUUACGUGAUGAGACUCCCAGCUUCAGGUGGAAAAACAAUUUAUGAGUUAGGCACGAUUGCUCAGGAAUGUAUUUAAUCUGCAUGGUCGGUGUAUGAAAAAUCAUAACAAUGAGCUGGGACUAUAUGUAAAAUAAAAACCAAUUUUUGCUUACUUUUUAAAAAGCAAUGUUACAGUAAGUUAACUAAUGUUUUUCACAUUCUACUUCAUUGAAAUUUUAAAAAUACCCUGGUGGGUACUGAGUUACUAAAAUGGAACGAGUGUGAAGAAUUGAAUCUUGCCUUUGCUAUAAAAUGUGAGUUUUAACAUUGGUGGCAAAAGACAAAUAGCAAGGUCUUAUAAACUUUAUAUAAUAUUAUCUUAAAGCAAUAUUAUAAACUUACUAAAUCACAUAUUUAAAAGAAAUCUAGUAAAAAAUCCAGAAAAUUUUGUUACUCUGAACCUGGUUUCACCUGCUUGUGCUUCUCAAAAAGUGAUUUUUCUAAUAAGUUGUCUGUACAUUCUAAAAAACCAAGUUAUUUUUGCUAACAGGUGUAAAUAUUGGGGUUUAUGUUCUUUUUCUAAUUCAGCUGACUGUGCUCAUCUUCACUGGUUGCUCAGUGCAAUAGGUUUUAAGAAAUGCUGAAAGUGAUUUCAGGCUUUUGGGUUUUUUUUUUGUGGAAACACCGUUUCCAUGGAAAUCAUUCAAAAGAUUCAUUAAUUUUAACUAAUGAGUGUCAAAAAACGCACAGAGUUGGAGCAGACUCUUAAAUUCUUUAUAAGAUUCUGCAAGAAUGUGAUUAAAUGUAUAAAUUAAGAUAUGCAUUACACGCCGUAUGAAGUUAACCUUGCCUGUGACAUCAUGACUACCAAUCAAGUUCUGCUGUUAAUCCAUUUGAAGUAAAAGUAUUGUAACUAAAAGGUUGUAUUUGGUUGUAAGAUACUGUACAGUGUAUUAAAAUAUGUUUGGAGAGUAAAUUAAAGUGCAAGUUAGUUUCUCUGUGAACCUUACACUUGCAGAAUAGUACAUAAAUAUUUGCAUUAUUUUGUGUAUUCGAAGUGUGUGACAUUUGAUGAUACAUACAUUUUUAUAAUAUUACUCAGCCUUAAAGAACAAAAGCAGAUCUGAGAUGUUUGAAAAUAUCAAGGACAAAUAUAUGUCCUUGAAAGCCUUUCACCAUUCAAUCCUGUACCCUCAUUUGUGAAAAUUAUAUGUUUAGGUACUUAGGGUGUGUCUUAAUAAUUGACAUUAUUUUAUGAACCUGAUGGCAUUUGUUCUGAUCAGCUGAGACAAAUCCAAAACAAAAAUACUCACAGGAGUAGCAACCCAAAACUGAAAUCAUAUUCUGAAGUAGCAGGCAGACCUCUGAAGAAGGGAAAUAAUUACUUUCUGCUAAAAUGAUGCUUGCGAACUUCAUUGAUCUGAAAUUUGGCCACAACAUGACAUGUUUACUUUUAACUUUUUCUGCAGUGGCAUCUUGGGGUCUUUCUCAGGUCUCCUAGGUUUCCUUUCUAUUAUAUUUUCUAUUUACUUAUGCUUUUCCAGACACAUUUUAUCCCUUCCUCCCACAAACUUUUUUUUUUCCUUCAGUUCCUUUUGGAAUAAUUACUCAGUUUUCGAAUGGACUUCCUUCCAUUAAUAAUUAGUUUUCCUGGAGCUAUUCCAUGAAUUUAUAGUUACCUUUUCCAUUGUUAGGCAUAAGAAUGUAAUUAUCACUGCUUUUUUGAAAAAGUAGAUCAUUCACAUGCUCUGAAUGGUGUCAUUAUGCUUCAAGAAAAGAGAAAUAUCAGUGAAACUAGUUUUCUGUCAUGAGGUCUGAGAACCUAAGAGAGCAGGAAACUGGUAUGAAGAGGUGAUGUCUCAUUACCUUUCUGAGCUAAAGAAAAAAUCUAAUGUCAUUUAAUAAUUUUCUGUUUUACUAUAAAUUUUGAAAUACAUGGAAAUGGCUUUAGAAUGCACUUAAAGAAUUGUUGGAACUUGCAGGCAGUGAAGAAAGCAAGAGGAUACAAACUCCACGUUCUGUGCUGUACUGCAGCAAAUACCUGACAUAAAAAAUAAAAAUAACCAAGGAAAAGGGCUGUUUAACCAGACAAUUCAUUAAUGCAUUAAUGAUCAUAUAUGGUGUCUUUGGAAUUGCACUGUUACUAAGAUGUAUAUAUAAUAAAGGAUACUUUGCUAUGGCA